AUGUGUUGCCACUACUACGGCAACUCCUGUGGCUAUGGCUCCAGCUAUGGCUGUGGCUAUGGCUCUGGUUAUGGCUGUGGCUAUGGCUCCAGCUAUGGCUGUGGCUAUGGCUCUGGUUAUGGCUGUGGCUAUGGCUCCAGCUAUGGCUGUGGCUAUGGAACUGGCUACAGCUGUGGCUAUGGCUCUGGCUCUGGCUGUGGCUAUGGAACUGGCUACAGCUGUGGCUAUGGCUCUGGCUCUGGCUGUGGUUAUGGAACUGGCUACGGAACUGGCUACGGCUGUGGGUAUGGCUGUGGUUAUGGAACUGGCUAUGGCUGUGGAUGUGGCUCUGGCUCUGGCUACUGUGGCUACCAGCCAUUUUGCUUUAGAAGAUGCUCUUCUUCCUGCUAAAACAUCACUGUCA